UUUCAGUUUAAACGCGAGACGCAUGCGCACCGUAGUGCGCUUCGACGGCCAUAUUGGUUAUAGCAAAGAAGUAUAAUAAUGAUGAAUUAGUAGAAUAGGCAAAUCUUAAAAGAUUUUCAUCGGAUGAAGAGACUGAUUCUGGUGAUAGUGAUGAGGAUUAUUUAGAUGCAGCUGAACAAUUUAUUUAGACAGAUUUUGUAAAAGACUUGAAGAAAUGGUUUUUUACGUUUACCAUUCCUAAUACUCAUCUAGAUGCUUUAUUGAAAACAUUGAAACCGUAUCAUUCUGAACUUCCUGCAUGUGCAAAAACAUUUUUAAAAACAGGUCAAAAAAAACUAUUUGAAAUUAAGAAUUUUAAAGAAAAUGAUCCGGAAGAUGAAGCCAAAUUUGUUUACAUAGAAAACUUAUUUUGGCUGCAAUAUAAAUACUCAAGAGAAAAAUGUAGCUGCCAAAGUUAUAACUCCUAUUUUCAAAACUUUCUUUUCUAAAGAUCUUGUUAGAAAAUUUACUGCUAAAAAAAAAUACAAUUUAGAAUGCAUAUAUUAAGAAGGGACAAACAGUGACAAAUGCUGAUUUACUGGGACUGAUUGGAACUGUUAUAAACAAUGCAGCUGAUUGGGAUCGAGGUCGUGACAGCAGAAAAAGAACUCGGGAUCAAGAUAGUGAUGGCAAUGACGUUUAAAAUAUUAAUAAUUAAAAUUUGACUUUUUUUAUAUGUAUAUUUCAGUUACAUAUACGUUUUAAUGUAAUUUAUGUUCUAUAAAUUGCUCAUGACGUACUUAAUAAAUUAACAAAUAAAUAGUUUAACGUUUGUACAACAUUAUUUGGCAUUUAUUAUAUUAGAGUAAGAUGAUGAUUUAGUAUACUUCAGGAUUUUAUCCGGCCCGGAUCCGGUACUGUAGUAGUCUAUACAAGUAAACUUCAGGUAGGGUAAACUAUGCAUGAUAAAGCCCGUAACAUUGUCUGAUUUGUCAAUUUUUUUCUCUUCAUAUUCGUUUUUUCUCGGGCCGGAUUUGCGCAUCAUUACACCCGUGCUACGGCCCAUACCCGAUUCCUAGCUUGGCCCGGAUCAGUACCCUAACUCUCCUGAUCCGGCCCUGAUCUUACCCGUAGGAUUGAUUCUAGUCGGGGAGUUUGUGUUUGCUUAACCUCAAAUACGCCUCGAUCGCCAAGAGCUGUAAAGUGGUGUAAACAACCGCAGUAGGUAUACUUAUUAAUCAGUUUAAGAAUAAGUUCAAUAGUUUUUGAGAUUACAUGUGAUGUAAUAUUGCAUUUCGAAAUUUAGUUAUUUACCUUGAGAUAUGUACCUAAUUAUUUUCAUUCAAUUUUGUGCUAAAUUAACGAAUUCAAAAGAAAAGUACAUACAAUGAACAACGAAGAAUCAUCUACAGCGCAUAAAAGAGUCUUCAAGACAAUGCCUAAAGAUGAUCUCGUUAGUCCUGAAAAAUCACGAUCCAAAAUAGCAAUGAAGUAUUUGAAAAGGCGUAUAAUAAGUGAUUCGGAUGACGAUGACGCAGAUUCUACAGCCCCUAAAAAUUCGACGCUAAAUCAUGUUGACAAUAAUGCCACUCUCGACAAAACUUCAUCACCAGCUAAAGGCUGGGUAGGACCUGAUUACAAAUUAAGCUUAAAACCGCUGGGCUUUGAUAAAAACUUGGAUAAAUGGAUCGAAUCAACAAAAGCUGAACCAAUCAUUUCCUCAAGCAUCAGUGUUACGACAUCUCAAGAAAAAUUGAAGCAAGAUCAAACCAAGCUGAAGGAUAAACAAAUAGAGAUUUUAGAAAAGUUCUACGAAGCUAUGAACAAUAUUCCUGUUGCAGUGUUAUCAAAGUUCCCUCAAUUUGAUCCAGAAUCAUUUCAAAAGUUAAAGAUACUUCACCAAAGAGUAAAGGCUAAAAUUAGACAUACAGAAAAAAGAAUACUUAUGCUUCAUGACUUGGAAGAAAAGGAUUCCAAUGGAUCAGAAAAUAAAUUAGAAUCAAACCGUAAUGCCGGGAGUGAGGAGGAAAAAACAGUAGUUUCAAGAAACUUGGUCAAUAAUAGUAACUGUUUGGAAAGUCAGGCAAAAAAUACACAUAAAUCUGAAAGCAAUAUACAACAGUGUAAAACUCCGCUAUCAUCAACUGACAGCAGAUCAAGAACCUCGAUUGAUACCAAUGGGUGUACUACACCUAUUCAAACAAAACGCAAGAGUUUGUUUCAAUUGAAAGUGCCUGUAAAAGCAACUUUAUCACCUGAAAUGUCUAAAAAAUUAGAAGAAAUGAUGGAGAAAAAUCAUCGGAAUAAAACUGAUGCUGAUAAUACUAUUCACGAUAAUAUUAGUAAUAAUUGUGUUAACAGUAAAUUAAAUUUAUCAGAAUCUGAGAUGUCAGCAGAUAGUUCAACAACUGAAAAGACUGAUACCUUGCAUACAGCAAGUCUGAGGAAAAAACUUCAACCCAUCAAGAAUACAAGUCCUGUAGAAGCUGAAUACUCACAGAAUGAAACUUUUGAUCUGGAAUUUACAACUCCUUGUAAAUAUAGUCAUACACCAAGUUCAGACUUAUCACAAAAUCGACCAAGAAUUGAUAGGAAUGAAAUAGAUGUAAUAGCUAAUCCUACGAGUCCUAGUAUAUCUACAGAUUAUUCUCAAGUAAAGUCUGAUUUCAGUAAUAAAAGUUUGAUCCCAAAAACUAAAUCUGAAGUUGAAAAUAAACCAGCAACAAAAUUUAUUGGAAAUAUUCGUAAUGAUGGAUUGACAGGAGAUUUUGAUGGUACCUCGUAUCCUCAUUCACGACAAAUGAUGAGUUUUUUUAGGCAAAAAUUUGGAUUGUUUAAUUUUAGACCAAAUCAACUUCAAGCCAUUAAUGCAGCUUUGUUAGGAUUUGAUUGCUUCAUUUUGAUGCCUACUGGUGGUGGAAAAUCUUUAUGCUAUCAAUUGCCAGCUUUACUUACACCAGGAAUAACGAUAGUUGUAUCACCUCUAAAAAGUCUCAUAUUGGAUCAAACACAAAAAUUAAUAUCAUUAGAUAUUCCAGCUGCUCAUAUGUCUGGAGAUCAAACCGAUUCUCAAACAGACGCGAUAUACAGAGAGAUGUCAAAGAAAGAUCCCGUGUUAAAACUUUUGUAUGUUACUCCAGAAAAGCUUUCUGCAUCCCAAAAACUAUGCAAUGCUCUUACAGCUCUUUAUGAACGAGGCCUGCUGGGUAGGUUUGUUAUUGAUGAGGCUCACUGUGUUAGUCAAUGGGGGCAUGAUUUUCGACCAGAUUAUAAGAAAUUACAAGUAUUGCGAGUGAAAUAUCCCAAUGUACCAACAAUGGCAUUAACAGCUACAGCCACUCCACGAGUUAGGACUGAUAUCCUUCAUCAGCUGGGCAUGCAAUCUCCUAAAUGGUUUAUGUCGAGUUUCAACAGACCUAAUUUACGAUAUAGUGUUAUAAGCAAGAAAGGAAAAAAUGCUUCUGAUGAAGUAAUUGGGUUGAUCAAAGCCAAAUUCAAAGAUGACUGUGGCAUUGUGUAUUGCUUGUCUCGUAAUGACUGUGAUACAUACGCUGAACAGAUGAAAAUCAAUGGUAUCAAAGCAAUGGGCUACCAUGCAGGACUUUCAGAUAAACAACGGUCUGACAUUCAAGGUCGCUGGAUAUCAGAACAAAUCAAAGUCGUGUGUGCUACUAUUGCUUUUGGAAUGGGAAUAGACAAACCAAACGUGAGGUUCGUCAUUCAUGCAUCUCUACCAAAAUCCAUUGAAGGAUACUACCAAGAGAGUGGGCGAGCUGGACGCGAUUCUGAAAAUGCUGAAUGUAUAUUGUUUUACAAUUACGCUGAUAUGUAUCGGCACAGAAAAAUGAUAGAAAUGGAUGUGGCGUCUAAUAAAACGGCGCAAAAAACUCACAUGGAUAAUCUCUUCAAAAUGGUGACUUUUUGCGAAAAUACGACGGAUUGUCGUAGAGCAUUACAAUUAAAUUAUUUUGGUGAAUUGUUUGAUCGAGAAAUUUGUAUUGCUAAUAAGCAAACAGCUUGCGAUAAUUGUAGAAAUCAGGGACAGUUUAAUGUCUUGGACGUAACUGAAGAUGCAAAAUCUCUUGUUACGUUGGUUCGAGAUUUCACCAAGAAUAAUGGCCGGGUUACUGUUUUACAAAUUGUUGAAGUUUAUAAAGGAAGUGAUCUCAAAAGAAUAAGAGAGUCAGGUCAUGACACACAUCCCUAUUAUGGCAAAGGAAAAUCAUGGUUGAAGCACGACAUAGAAAGAUUACUGCAUAAACUAGUGAUUGAAGGUUAUCUUGGGGAAAGUAUGUACAUCAAUAAUGAGAUAACUUGUGCUUAUCUCAGACUUGGAGCUAAUGCUAAAGAGUUGAUGACUACUAAUUCUAUAAAGUUACAUUUGCAAACAAGAAGCACCACCAGUAAAUCAGCUGCAGUGGCAACGGUUUCUAAUGUCUCAGUGCCUGAUGACAAAGCUCUAAAAGAGUUGCAGCAAAAUUGUUAUACAGAACUUGCAGAAAUCGUCAAUGGUAUAGCUGGCGCAUUAGAUGUAUCAGCUAAUUCAAUUAUGAAUAUGGUUGCUCUUCGUGUAAUGAGUCAACAACUGCCAAAAGAUGAGAACGAAAUGUUACAAAUACCUCAUGUUACAAAAGCUAAUUAUGAUAAAUACGGAAAAGCUUUACUCGAUAUAACGCAAAAAUACGCUGCUCAAAAAGACGAGUUACUGAAAGUACAUGAGGAAACAAAAGCUGCUGCAAUGGCUUCGGUUACGGCAGAUUAUAACAGAAGUUUAGAAGAUGACGACUGGAUGGAAUGUGUUAGUAGUGUAAGGGGUCAAGGUGUUAAGCGAAAAAGAGGAAGAGGAGGUAGAUCUCGUGGUACAACUAAAAGAUUUAGACGUUCUGGAAGUACAAAAUCAAGCCGGGGUAAAAAUAAAAGUACCAGAGGUAAAACUACUUCCACUAGGGGGAGAGGUAGAGGUGCAUCAUCAAGAAGUACAAAAGGUCCAGGACUGGUUGAAUUUUCUCAAUCGAAACAGUAUCUCAAUCAUCCUCACCGUUACGUUUCACUGUUAUAGUAUUCUCAUAUUUUAUUGAAUACUUGCUUAACAUUUUUACACAAUCAUAAACCUUAUCUUUAUUUAUACUUUGUAAAUUAGUUAUUUAUUCGUAAAUAUUGUAAAUAACGUUUUUAUCAGAUAAGAAAUUAGAUUUCUUACAUAAGAUUAUGUAAUAACAAUAGAUAUUAUGCUCAUGAUAUUAUACUAUUAAGUAAAUGGAAUCAGCAUGUUUGUUGAAAGAAUUUCUAAAUAUUUUAUCACGCGAUUUUUAUACUAUACAGUUUAAAUAAUUUUUCAUCCAUUCAUUUUUAAUUUCAUAAAAGUGUAAAUAACUGUCAAUAAUGCUAAAGUAACAUAUUCAAAAUUGCACAUAUAAGAAAUGAAUAAAGUAUUUUUUAAAUAAAA